UUAGUUUAGUUUUUGUAAGUUUUACAUAACGUUUGCUUACAGUAAAGUGUGUCCCAUGUGUAUAUGAGUAUCAUUGACUGUUUAAAGGAUACCCGCGGGGAAGAUGACAUGGCAAAUGAUCAGUGGCCAAGCGCUUCAUCAUCUGGUGAAACCUCAGAUGAUGAAAGUUCUGAUGAGGAAGCUCCUGCCACUAACAUCAACAAGAAAUCUGCGUGUCACGGAAUCGAAGAAAAGUUAGAACUGAAGGAAAAAUUGUACGACAAUGCCAAACUGACGAGGGGAGAAAGUAUGCUACUCAUAAUGGCACAUGCCCUGAGACAUUCGUCAUCGAAGCAAGCAACUGAAAGUCUCUUGAGACUUGUCGAGCUUCACCUGCCAAUAAACACCACAAUGCCCAUCUCCAAGUACCACUUCUUCAACGUAUUUUGUAAGUCAGCUGACUCGGUAACCCAGUACCUAUAUUGUCCAUCAUGCAAAUGUAGCCUUGGAACAGCCUCAGACGUAAAUGUGGUGACAUGUCCCACAUGUGCAACUGAUCACAGCUCUACUGAAUUACUCAAUUCUGGUUCCUAUUUUCUCAUCCUGAGCAUAGAGACCCAACUACGAAUGCUGCUUGAGCAGUAUGGUAUUGUGUCACGUGACUUGCGUAAGCCCACUUGGGACGUUGGCGACAUUACUCAAAGCAGUGCGUAUGCUAAUCUUCCACUGGCCGAUCACGAUGUCACAGUGUCAUGGAGUACAGAUGGUGUACCAGUUUUUGAGGCCUCAAACUACUCCAUAUGGCCACUUCAGCUGCAGGUGAACGAGCUGGAGUUUAAAAUCAGAACGAAAAGCCUUCUGCUUGCUGGGCUCUGGUUUGGCCCAUCCAAGCCUGAAAUGAACACUUUCCUCGAGCCCUUUGUCAAACAGAUGAACGAAUUGUCCAUAAAACCUUUCGCAUGGAAGACUCCUUCUGGGGAGGUGGUUUCGUCAAGGGUGUUCACUGGACCGUGCAUUGUUGACACUGUAGCACGUUGUGCACUGGCCAGUAUGAGUCAAUUCAAUGGGCAGUAUGGUUGCUUGUGGUGCACUCACAAGGGUGAAGUCACAUCAACUGGGAGGGGUCACUCAAGGGUAUACCCCAUUGCAGAUAAACUGCCGAAGAAAAGAACUGAUGCUUCCUUCAGAAAAAAUGCUGCAGAAGCAGCAGCGGGGAGGAGUACUGAAAUGACAUGUGGAAUUAAAGGGGCAACAAUACUUUUUCAGUUGGCUUUUUUUUUCUUUCCUAUGAACUUCGUCGUGGACCAUAUGCACGCUGUCUGCUUAGGAUUUGUUAGGAGCACUGCGAGCCUAUGGUUCGGGCACAAGGGAAAUGCCUACCCGUAUCACAUUGGCAACAUGAUCCCAGAAGUAGACAGGCGGCUAAAUGGCAUGAAAGUUAUCUGGGAGAUAACACGUCUACCUAGAUCUCUAACAGAGUGGAAGUAUUGGAAGGCAUCAGAGUGGAGAAACUGGUUGUUGUUUUACUCCCCAGUCGUGCUAAAAGGGCUCCUCCCAAAAAGGUACUUCUUAAAUUGGCUCAAGUUUGUGCAUAUCAUGCAUAUCUUACAUGGGAAAACUGUUCCUAUGGACAAGUUGCACACCGUGCAGCAGGAACUUAUUUCAUUUUUGAAAGAAUAUCAAGACCUGUAUGGUAAAAGUGCCAUGAAAUACAAUACUCACCUCCUGCUUCACCUCAUCGACAGCGUAAUGGAAUGGGGACCCCUCUGGUGCCUUUCUUGCUUCUGCUUUGAAGGCAUGAAUGCUCAGUUACUACGUCUAAUAAAUGGUACCCGCUAUGUUCACAUGCAGAUUGUGGAUAAGUACCUGAUACACCAGUCACUGCAGCCUCUGGUUGCUUCUUUUUGUGUGAACUCGUUAGACAUCACCCAUGCGAAGGGCUUUGUUACGGAUCUGAUGCGAGGAUACCCACUACGAAAAAUUUCAAACAAAAUCCUAGGAGCUCUACUCUUUGGCAAGGGUAAGACGAGUGGUGGUAAUGUACAUUACAGCAAGGUCAGCAUUGAAAAUUUUAUGUUCUGUACCGCAAAACAAGACAAAUCACGCCGAAAUAAUUCCUUUGUUUUCGCAGAGGGUAGAUUUGGUCAGAUACUCGACAUAAUUGUCUGCUGUCGAGAGGCAGGGCAUUGCAAGUGUGAACGACCUGUUGCAUUUAAGAUUCAGGUCUUGCAAUCAAACAGGAUCAUCUUAAACUCUUUGGAUGCGCUCCACCAAAUCUGUGGGUUUGUUGAGGUAGCACGCACAACAGAUGAAAUUUGCGUGAACGCAUUUAAUGCCGAGAAGUGUGUUGCUUUGAAUGUAAAUGACAGGAUGUACUUGUGUACAGUUCAUGCUGAGUGUAUGCUCGAGUGCCUGUAGUUCAUGUGCCUAUUAUCUAGUAUUAUCCAGUGUCCUGUCUAUCCUGUAACGCUGUUGCCUGACAUUGUAUAUGUGUGGAAAAAGCCCUUAUGUUGUUUCGUGAGAUAUGUGUUUUCAUCCUCUUGUUCGAAGUCUUAUGCACUUGUAUACGAUUCAUAUAUUGUGUGGGGGGAACGCUUGUAGUCCUCAGUAUGUCGUUUGCAAGUACAUAACUUCACAUUUCAAUGUUCCUGUCGUUUAAAAUUGUAAGAUACUUGUAUACUACCCAUGCAUUAUAGUGUGCCAGAAUGUUCACAUCUCGUUGAUUGAAGGGUACUGAU